AUGGCCACGACGUCUGGAAAGAGAAAGCGCGCAGACGGUGCUACGCAACUGCUGCCUGCGAAGCAGCAGGCGACCGCUGCCGCUGCGGCACAGCACAAGUCCUCCACAAAACAGAGCUCCAACAAGCCGACAUCCAAGGCAGACAUAUCUGCAAGGACGAACGGGAGCCAUGCCCACGACCAGAACAACUUCCAUGUGCAGAUAGUAACCGGAUCAUACGAACGAGUUCUCCAUGGUAUCUCGGCCACCAUCCCACCAAAACAGCUUCAACGACAAACCGAAACAUCCAAUGCAGCAGGCACAGAGACGCCAUCAACCACAGAAGGCAUCACAUUCUCAGAUACAUUCCUCUUCGCCGCCCACGAAUCUGCAAUCCGCUGCCUCGCCAUCUCCCCACCCACAGACGAGUCUGACAAACGCUACCUCGCCACUGGAGAUUCCGGCCACCGCAUCAACGUCUACACCCUAUCAACCGCCCCUCCCACCCUAUCCUCAAACCCCAAACUCCCCUCCCUCUCCGGCACAACCAUAACAGAAAACCGCCGCAACCGCAACCUCGGCUCCCUAAACAUCCACGAACGCGCCAUCACCCGCCUCCAAUACCCAACCAAAACCAAACUCUUCUCCGCCGCCGAAGACGCCACCAUCCAAAUCACGCGAACCAAAGACUGGACCACCCUCGAAAGCAUCAAAGCCCCAAUCCCCAAACCUAUCGGCCGCCCUAGUGGAGAUACUGCCGCGCCGGGUGAAGUUCCAGCGGGCGUGAACGAUUUCGCCAUUCAUCCGUCCCAGAAGGUUAUGCUCAGUGUAGGCAAGGGCGAGAAAUGUCUCCGACUGUGGAACCUCAUGACGGGCAAAAAAGCUGGUGUGCUGAACUUCGACCGCGAGCUUCUAUCGCAGGCUAAUGAAGGUCGCUUCGCGAGUGGGGACGGGAGGAGAGUUUUAUGGGAGGAACCUGCGGAUCCUGAGGCGGAGGCGGAUCUCAACUUUGUUGUUGGGUUGGAGAGGGCUGCGGCGCUGUAUGGAGUGGACUCGAAGCCGAAGGCUGUGAUUAAGGCCACACCUUCGACGAAGUUCCAUGAGAUGCGGUUCCUGACGCUGCCAAGCUCUGCUGGAAGUAUUCUGGCUGUCUCGACCGAGGACGGAAGGAUCUUGUUCUUCGAUGUUGGCGCGAUAGGGAACGGGGAGGACGGGAAACUGCCUCUGGUGCCCUGUGUCGCGCAAUUGGGAGGCACUGCUGCGGGGAUUGUUGGGAGAAUCAAGGACUUUGACAUCGUGCCACUUCCGAAGACAGAGGCGGGUGAGCAUAGGUGGUUGUUCGUGACGGGGAGCAGUGAUGGGUCGAUUCGGUUGUGGAACGUAUUCGAAGAUGAGGUCUCGAACAGUACUGGCAAGGCAGAUUCUGCUCCCAGGCAAGCUGGGACCGCGAUUGCAGCGCAGAAGACGGACGCGAGAAUUACGUGUCUUGGCGCGUUCAUGCUAGAUGGCAAAGUCAGCGAUGCGACAAGUGAUGCGACCGAGGCGUUAGCAGGUGCAGAUCUUGAGGAUGGGCCAGAAGAGGAGGAUUCAGAUGACAGUGACUCUGAGUAG